AUCUCCUCUAUUUCGGCUUCCGGAAAUUGUUAUAUUACGGCUCCACCCAAUUCCAGAAUCAGAGGUUAGAGCAGUGCUUCUACCGUUCUACGUCUUCUACCUUUGAAUUUCAAAGGGUUUGGACAUACAUGGCCGAAUCUAUAUAAACGAACAAGGGAUUAACGCACAGUUAUGUAGAAAACGAAGGUUUCUCUUUUGUGGACGUCGGCCAUUCAUAUCAACCCAAGAUUUUACCUCUUAUAUUUUUUAUGCCCGGAAGAAUUCAAAGACACACUAUAUUGUGAUUCUCUCUACCGUUUCUGUUUUUGGGAUUUUUGGACUCCCUUGCUUCAUCAGGCAGAACUCACUCUCUCCACUCGAUUCUCAGCCGGCAGCCGCUACAACCCAUCCCUCACAGCCUCUUUCCGUCGCUCAACUCAACCUUUGCAAUCGACAGUCAGUCGCAUGGCUCGCAAGCAGUGCAAUCGGUAGUCAGUCGCGCGGCUCGCAAGCAGUGCAAUCGGUAGUCAGUCGCGCGGAUCGCAAGCAGUGCAAUCGGUAGUCAGUUGCGCAGCUCGCAAGCAGCAAGUUCGUCGCCGCCGUCUCACACCCUGAGGUUUCUGCAAAUUUAUUAAUAGGUUCAUUUGAAAUCUGUUGCUUGUUUAAAUUUCAUAAUACAGAUCGUUGAAUAUAUUCUGCUGAAAAAAUGCACCCUCCUCUGACUUUACACAGGCAUCCUAUGUGUGCUGAAAUCAUCGAGGAAUUCCAAAAGUGUCAUUUAGAGCAUCCAAUAACUAAAUUCUUCGGUGAAUGUACAGAAUUAAAGAUAAAGCUCGAUCGCUGUUUCCGACAGGAAAAAGCUUUGAAGAGGAAGGCUAAUUUUGAACAGAGUAAGAAACUGAAAGAAAGACUUCAUGCGUUAAGGAAGGAAACUGCUGAAAACGAUUCAUGAAUCUAUACCAAUUCAUGAAUCUGUUUUACGAUGCUGUGGUUGGUUGGGCCACUGGUAUUUGGUUGCUGCUACAAAAAAUUGUUUAAUUGUUUACGUUGCCUACUUGAGAAUGAUAUAUGAUGAACAAGACAUGGUUCCUUCUUGAUUUUAUAUAAAGAAACUUUGAUUGUAUACCUAUAACCUUGGACUGCUGAAAAUCUUAAAUAACAAUCCCUUUACUUCA